ACCCCAGCUCGUAGAUAGAUUUUCGGGCUGUAAUAAUAUACUACUGCUAGUACUACUACCCAUCUAUAAAACCCACCCCCAAAUCGCAUAAGCAAUGCACAUUUCGAGAUAAAAUACGCUUCAAUUCAGAACCUCAAUCUACAGUACAUACAUACAUACAUACUUCAAACCAUGUCCGCCUCAAACUCCCCAUCCCUAACAAGAUGGUACAUCGACACCCGCCCUCUAACAUCUUCAACUCUACCCCUCCUCGAAACCCUCCAACCAGCAGACCAAGAAUCAGUCCAGAGAUUCUACCAACUGCCCGAUCGUCACAUGUCCCUGGCUUCAAACCUGCUCAAGUACCUAUUUAUUCAUCGAACGUGUCGGAUUCCCUGGGCUGAAAUCAGCAUCAGUCGCACGCCGGCGCCUCAUCGGAGACCAUGUUUUAUACCUUCGCAGAAACAGAAGGAUGGAUCUUGCAGCGAUGUUCCUAUUCCGAAUGUUGAGUUUAAUGUUAGUCAUCAGGCGUCGUUGGUUGCGUUGGCGGGGUGUGUUGUGCCAUCGUCUUCUUCUUCUUCAUCUUCAUCAACUUCGUCUGGGACGGCAAAAGUUACACCAUCACAAGCGGAUCUAUUCUCUAAACCCCCAACUCCAGCCUCCGCACCAAACCACUCAAUCCCCCAAGUCGGGAUAGACAUCACGUGCGUGGACGAACGAUCCCGCCGACGUAAAGAUUCUAUCCCCGCAACACCUCAAGCACUAGCUGAAUUCGUCGAUAUAUUCGCCGAAGUCUUCUCGCCACAGGAGCUGGAAACGAUCAAAAACAUCGCGAUCUCUAGCGAGAUCAGCGACAAUUCCAAUUCUGAUUCUGCGUCUGCAAGUGAAAGACCCACGCAAGCUGUCAAUAAGGGUUUACGACUCUUUUACGCCUACUGGGCUCUGAAGGAAGCGUAUAUUAAAAUGACCGGGGAAGCACUUCUGGCGCCGUGGCUGAGACAGUUGGAAUUCACGGAUGUGGUUGCACCGGAGUCUGUUGUUAGUAAUGCUGGUGCUGGAGAAGGGUCUGGGUUUAGUGAGCCGUAUACGGGUGUGAAGACUUGGUUAUAUGGGAAGAAGGUGGAGGAUGUGCGGGUCGAGGUUGUGGCGUUCGAGAGGGACUACCUGAUCGCGACGGCGGCAAGAGGUGGGCAGAUUGGAGCAGGGAGUAUGAAUGAUGCGUGGGGGAAUCUGGAGAGGAUUGAUAUUGAGAAGGAUGUUGCACCUUGUGCGAAGGGCCAGUGUCGGUGUUUGGAUCGAUGAUUGGUUUUGAUUGAUUGGUUGUCGUGUUGAAUUUGAAUUUCCGAUUUGUGCAUGUUUACAUGAUAUGUGAUAUAUUUUUUAUCCUAUUCAGGAUUUAUACGAUUACAGAUGGAUAAUUACCAAGAGCGAAAGUUCUGAGUGCAGUCCAGCGAACUUUUUACAUUUCUUCAUUCUAUCAUUGGCAUCUAUCCUAAGACGGCAAAAGCCGUGCUCGAUCUGCUCUUCUGAUUCAUGCGUUGUGCUUUCGAUGGGAGCGAAAAAGGAAAAGGGAGAUCUAGGUUGGUAUAAUAACGUGAAGUCAUAGCUGGCUACUGUGCAACAAGACGA